CAUGCUUAGCUGUGGUUGUUCUUUGAAAGACAUUGCUUCGACUGAAUUUCGUUCGAAGGACAAUUCGAUAUACAUAUAUUUAUAUAAAUAUAUUUAAAAAGACAUGGCUGCUGUUGUACCGCCACAAUCAUCUGAUGUCACACAGCAAGGAGAUGUAGACCUGUAUGCUGGUGUUGAUGAAUUCGGCAACCCUGCAAACCAAGCUGAGGGACCAGAAGGUGCAUAUGCACCAGAUCUUUAUGAUGAUGUCAUGAAUCAGCAGCAGGGCUCGAAUAGUACUCCACAGACCUUUCCGGAAGAGUCCGUUUCCAGUGGGAAAGAGUACAAAUCAUACACAACGCUGCACCCAAAGUCAGCCCUUCAGCAGGAAAAAGAAGCAAAAAUUGCUGCCAGUCUUUACUCAAAGUCUAAUGACAAAGGAAAAGCUCUCUAUGUUGGCAAUUUAACUUGGUGGACAACAGAUGAGGAGCUGGCAAGUUCAAUACAGGAAUGUGGUGUUACAGAUCUGGUCAAUAUAAAAUUUUUUGAAAAUAGGGCCAAUGGACAGUCAAAAGGAUUUGCUGUUGUUGAGGUCGGUAGUGAAACAUCGCAGAGGCUAAUAAUGGAAAGACUUGAUAAACAAGAGCUACAUGGUCAAAAGCCUGUUGUAACACAUGUCAGCAAACACAACCUGGUUAUGUUUGAAAAUCAGUCAAAAAAAAAUUCUCCAGGAGGUGAUCAGGACCAACAGAAUCCAGUAGUCCAGCAACGCAAUACAUUUACAAACAACAUGCGGUUUCCUGUGAGAUUCCCCCCGCGAAUGCAGCCCGGUGUUCGUCCUGGUAUGCAUGGAGAAAUGCAUCAACCCUUCAUUGGCAUGCAUAAUGCAAUGCCAAGAAUUCCACAUUUUGGCAUGGCACCAAUGGAUCCUGCAAAUAUGAUGCGUCCACCCGGUAUGGCUUUUCCAGGCAUGGUUCCAGGGAUGAUCCCCAAUGCUGGCGGUUUGCCAGGCAAUGUUGGUGUUGGACCAAUUCCACAUACAGACCACAUGAUGGCUGGUGUUCCUGUAUCAAUGCAUCCAACAGGACAGCCCACGGUUCCUGGACAAGUUAACGAGAGACCGGAAGUAAAUGCAGUACAGCAAAUGCCGAAACCAGGUGUUGCACCCCACGUGAAUCCAGCUUUCCUGCCGCAAGAUGGAUCUGCUGAUCCAUUUGGUGCUGGCGCAGGGAUACGAAUGUCUAUGGCUGGGCCUGGAAUGGGAGACGUAGACUUAGAAUCAAUGAGGCGGAACCAGGCAGUGGCAAGCACUGCUAUACAAAGGGCUAUGGCUGAUGCCAAUGAAGGAGAUUAUGAAAGUGGUAUCGAAACUCUUGUGACAGCCAUUUCAUUGAUCAAACAGUCAUCAACGGCUAAUACUGAGUCGAGCCAAGUAUUGGUCCAAUCCUUACAGGAUUGUCUGCAUAGCUUGGAAGCACGACUUAUGACCAAAGGAAAAACUGAUCGUGAUAGAGACAGAGAUGACAGAGCACGCAGUCCGUCUGAUGAUUACAGGGAGAGACGACACAAGAGGAGGCACAGAUCACGAUCUCGUUCCAGAAGUAGAGAUAGAAGACGCUCUUACUCUCCAAGAGGGCGAUCCCGCUCAAGAGACAGAAGAAGACGUUGACUCGGCUAUUGUCAACAAGCUUGAGCUAUAGACCCUAGCUUUAUCUUAUAUGGCUAGUCAAGCGAUGAACUCCUCAGUCUGUUGACAAAAAGAGAAUGAUAAAUCCUUUGGCAAGCAACUGACAGUUUUAUUUGACAUAAUUUCUUUUUCCAGCAUCAUUUUGGUGCUAUAGAUAUCUUUGAACUGUUUUCACUAAAAAAUGCUUGCUUAUGAUGCAAAGUCAGUCUUCUCAGACUCUUUUCAACGGACUCUUUUAAUAAUACAUUCAAGCAGUAUUUGAUAUUGAUAUUGCAAAAUUGAUACCAGUGUUAUAGAAAGGCAUUUAGACUUGAUAUCUCCCCAUGACUGUUUAUGCUUAAGUUGUAAUAAGUUGUACACGCGCUUUCAAAACCCCAUGACUGUUUAUACUUAAGUUGUAAUAAGUUGUACACGCGCAUUUAAAAUCGGUUUUUAUAACAAAUAUCUAAUUGGGAAACAAAAGGGCGAAAGUUUUGUCAUGAGUGACCUAGCCCCCUUUAUUUUGCGCAUCGAGUUUAUGCAAUAAUAACCAUGUUCAGUGCGCAUGCUCAUUGACAGCAAAAGCUGACUCAUUCGAAAGUACAUUUGAUUUCUAGUCUACCUG